GAUCACAUUGAACAAAUCAAAGUAAAGACAGCUGUCUCGACCGUACCUUAAUUCAAAAUUGUAAAACAUUGUGAAAAAAUAAACCGCGCAGUGGUUAUCUCGAUUUAUUUAUAAAAGCUAUUUUUGUUGGUAUCACCUGUAGUGUAAAGUAACUAGCAUUCCGCUAUCGAAGCUGGCAUGAAUAAAUUUAAAUUAUUGUUGUUGUUUUAUCACAUGCUGAUAAAUUUCUGACGGUUCGUGAUUGGCCAAGCUCGACUAGAUGUUUUACUGUUUUUUGCCGUAUUCAGGCUAGUAUUAGUUCUGUACUGACAGUUACUGUGGAUGUGAAUCGUGUUAUUGUUUCUCUGUUUUUCCGCGUCUUUCGAUACAGUUUUGUUAAUAAACACGUAGAUCGUUUGUGAGAAAAAAAUAUUAAGCCACUGACGUGUGUUAGGGAGGCUUGAAGGAAAAUAUGAGAAAUGUUUCGGAACAGUGAUUGCAAAGAUAAUAGUACAUAUUUCCAUCAACGAACGUUUCUCGUAAAUACCCAAAGUAUACGUAGCCAAACAUCGAUAAAUCUACCGGACAUUUCACCUAUUCACACGUCAAAUGCUCCGUCAUCCAACCACAACCCGCCAUGUCGUUCUACUCCUACCUAACCUCAGCCUCAUCGAACGCCUACGCGUUCUUUUCAGAACUGCUCGAGAACCUGCGCCCUGUCAGCCCUAAGCCAGGUCACGUGGAGCGCGUACGCACGCCCUCUUUUCCCAGUGGAGGGGGAACCAGCGCCGAUGAUCCAUCGGAGUCGUUCGUGUUCCGCGAACGAUUCCUCAAGAUCAAUGUGCGCCACAUCACCGACGGGCAGGGCGUGGUGGGCGGAGUUCUACUGGUCACGCCCAACGCGGUGAUGUUCGAUCCGAACGUGUCCGAUCCGCUGGUGAUCGAGCACGGACCCGAGGCGUACGGGGUGAUCGCCCCCAUGGAGUUCGUGGUGAACGCGGCCAUCUACAGCGACAUCGCGCACAUGCGCGUCGGCCACGUGGAGGCCACCAGCGGCGACAAGCCGGAGAUUUACUAUCCGAAGGACAAGGACCAGGACUCGCUGAUGGUGAAGGACGAGACGUUUCCGGAGCUGGUAGCAGGCGAUGACGCCGAGUCUGUGUGUUCCUGUACAGAGCGAGAGGGCGAUGCCUUCCCGAAGGCGUUCGACCGAGAGCUGGUUACACCCACCAACCUGGAGGACGCCGAUAACCAGCAGAGGGCGCUCGAGGAGAGGCGGAAGUCGUUGCUCGACCACCAUUGGGCCAUACCGUCCAGAGACAGGCAAUCUAUUGAUACCGACGAAAUUCCAGCAAUUUCUACAUCUAGCUUUCAAGAAGAGAACAUAGAUGAAGAAGAUGGUUCGAACAAAGAAGAAAGUUGUCAUGAUUCGGGCAUUGAUAUUCGAGAAACCAGUUUACCUCCCAUAUUACCAAUUCCACAGAAAAAGAAAUACAGCGAUGCCGACAUCGUGCUCUCGAAGGAGUGGGUGCCGCCCAUCACGAUCGCCCCUUCGCACGCGACGUACACCAGUUCCAGCGGGGGCGGCGACUCUGCCGAUAGUCCUGCCCGCAAGAAGACCAACUCGGUGUCGUUCAGCCUGGACGCGAGCUCUGAGGGGCCGCCUCCGCCGCCCCCAGGGCACGACGAGGAGAAGGCUGAUAGUAGGAAAAAUAAGAUGUUAAAAAGACUGUCGUAUCCAUUGUCAUGGGUGGAAACCACGUUGGGUGGUGAAAAAGAUGAAGAUAAAACUCCUAGUCAACCAAAUUCUGCUGCCGAAGUUCAACACUCGUCUGUUUUCUCAAAGGUGUUUUCAAGCUCUCCCCUCCACCUGGCCGAUUUCGGGGCGGGCCUCUUCCACAAGACGCCCUCCGAGGACAGCGGCUCGGGCAGCGCCAGCGGCGGCCCCCACUCGGCGGGCAGCAACCUCACCGACUCGCCGCGCCCAGACUCGGCCACCUCCUCGACGGGCAGCUUCUUUCCCACGAACAUCAUCAGCUCGGUGGGGGCGAUGGGCGCGCAGGUUGGCGCGUCGGUGGGGGCGAUGGGCGCGACGGUGGGUGCGAUGGGAGCGUCGGUGGGCGGCGCCGUGGGACGGUCUUCAGUUGGUACGUUCAUCAGACAACCGACAGAGGGCGGCUCAAAAUCGAAAGCGCCCCAGCCCAAGUUGGACUACAGAUCUAUGGUAUCCGUCGAGGAUAUGCCCGAAUUGUUUGUUUCGUUCGACAAACUAAUUCCGAGACCGGCGAGGUCUUGUGAAGACCCGCCAUUGUACCUGCGCCUGAGAAUGGGCAAGCCUCUGAACAAGCCCAUUCCCAAAUCCACGCCGCUGAUGUCCUACGGCAAGAAGAAGAUGCGGCCCGAAUACUGGUUCAGCAUCCCCAAGAACAGGGUGGACGAACUGUUCAAGUUUUUGCAGGGGUGGGUGGCGCAUUUGUACGGGGAGAUGGACGAAGAUAAGAUCAAAGAAAGGGGUUUUGUAUUAGUGGAAAUGGACACAGAACUAUGGAGCGAGGAACCUACCCCAUCGGCUAGCCGUCAUGGAAGUCAAGAUGGCGAAAUAACUGAAUUAACCAAAGAAAGUUGGGAGAUCCUGCCCAUGUCCGAGGAGUUCCGCAGGGCGUUCUACUCGUCGGCCGCCCCCUCUCUGGACCUCGAUCUCGGCCCGCCCGACCUAGUCGGCGCCACAGAGAUCCUCACCGACCGGCAUCGCGAGUGCCUGUGCCGCCAUCUGCCGGCCAGGGCCGAGGGGUACGCUUGGACGCUGGUGUUCAGCACCAGCCAGCACGGCUUCAGCCUCAAUUCGAUGUACAGGAAGAUGUACAAGCUGGAGUCGCCGGUGCUGAUGGUGAUCGAGGAUACGGACAAUAACGUGUUCGGUGCGCUGACGUCAUGUGCCCUGCACGUGUCCGACCACUUUUACGGCACCGGCGAGUCGUUGCUGUUCUCCUUCACGCCCGACUUCAAGGUCUUCAAUUGGACCGGCGAGAACCUCUACUUCAUCAAGGGCAACAACGAGAGCCUCAGCAUCGGCGCGGGCGACGGCAAGUUCGGCCUGUGGCUCGACGGCGACCUCUACAUCGGCAGGUCGGAAUCUUGCAAGACCUAUGGCAACGACCCGCUCACCCCCAAGAGAGACUUCGUGGUCAAGACGUUGGAAUGUUGGGCUUUCGUUUCCAAUUGA